GAUGCACAACGUUUUCAUCUCCUCUUUCCCCUCCAAGGCGACAUCCUGCGCCGUGGGUCGCCUGAAAGCGUUUGGCAUCGUUCGUACGUGGGGGACCUGGCUUCCUUCUUCAUCAGCAUUGUUCAAGCACCCUGCCAAUGUGCCAGAGCUUAUGUUACACUUACCAUUUAAUUCGGUCCGACGAUCUCUAGCAUUGCAUGACCAGUUAAGCAGCAACAAAUCUUGGGGAGAACGCGAGCCACUUCCCCAGCGUCACGAGCGUGGCCUGAGAUUUGUGGCAUGGCAAAGAUGUGGCGCCGCUAUUCGGGACUAUAAAAGGGUCAGUUAUGGGCACCUCUCAACCCAAGCCAUCGUCUUCCACACCCACCCAUCUAUCUACCUCACGAUAACCCAAUA